AUGUACAGGUUUCUGGUCAUCUGUGCAUUACCAGAUGUACAGGUUUCUGGUGACCAGUACCAUUACAAGAUAUACAGGUUUCUGGUCAUCAGUGCCAUUACCAGAUGUACAGGGUUCUGGUCAUCAGUGCAUUACCAGAUGUACAGGUUUCUGGUCAUCUGUGCAUUACCAUAUGUACAGGUUUCUGGUUCACCAGUGCUAUUACCAGAUAUCACAGUGAUUCGUAAUCGGCUUGAUGGAACUAUUGUGGUUGAUGGUAGUGAGUAUGUGAAUGGCACAGCUCCUGGUUUGGCAACCAGUAUGAAUAUUGACACCGGGUUAUAUAUUGGGGGUGUUCCACAAGAUAUUUCUACACCAAGACUAGGAACAGUUACUUACAGCUUAGAUGGCUGCAUAAGAAACCUAAAACUCCAGAAUAAUGUCUUAGAUGUGGAAUCGUCAACAACUCAAGUUGAUGUCACUCCUUGCACUAAAAAAGUUGAGGAUGCUGCUUACUUCAAUGGCAAUGGAUUUUUAGUACUUGAUGAGAAGUUCAGAGUUGGCAGUGAUCUGACGAUUGAUCUAAAGUUCCGAACAACACAGAAUGAUGGAUUACUACUCAGUGUUGCUAAUGACCAAAACGAUUGCUUGGGUCUGGAAUUGGUUAAUGGGAAGCUUACAUUACGUACAGACAAUGGUGCUGGUGCAUUCUCUGCAACGUACACUCCAGAAUCCUCCUAUACACUUUGCGACAACAUGUGGCACACAGUGAAGAUUGUCAAAGUGAAAAAUGCACUGGAGCUUGUAGUUGAUGGUCACUACCAAGGUGGAGCCAAUGAAGCAGUCAGCAGUUCAGCAGACACUAAUAAUCCAUUGUACUUUGCUGGAUACCCUGACACUGCACUGCAGCAGAAAUGUUUGACUACUGACAUUAAAUUCAUGGGGUGUAUUGGAAAUGUUAUAAUCCAAGGUCAAAAACAAGACUUCCGUCAAGCUGCUGAACUGGUUGAUGUCAGACCAAGUUCGUGUCCUGUUAAAUAA